UCUUUGGAGAGGUCUGGGUGAUACCAGGACUGCUCUCACCAGCGCUCUGCUGUGCAGGAGCUGCCCUGCUGCCAGGAGGCAAAGGGAAGCUGUGGGAGAGCGUUGGAGAUACCACUUGGAGAAGUGUUGAGGAGGGAGGAGAGGAGCAGAGAGAUUUUGUAGCAGAGCAAGCAACUUUUCUGCACUGCUGUGCAGGAACUGCCCUGCUGCCAGGAGACUUUAGAAGAACAUUGUAGACACCACUUGGGAAGAAGUGCAGAGGAGAAGGAGGAGAGGAGCAGAGGGGUUUUGUAGCAGGACAAGCACCUCUUCCUCAGCUGCUGCACUGCAGGGGGGCAAAGAUGAUGAAGUACAUGCGCUAUAAGCCUGUGGGGCCGGGGGACCUCCCAACUCUCAAGGAGCUCAGCAACAGUGAAAUCUGGAAAAUCUGGUCUGGAGCAUCUCGCUACAUCCACAGACAGCUCUUGCAGAAGAAGGCAGUGGAGAUUGGAGUUGGGACAUUUGCAAUUGUCCCAGUGCAUGCCAGUGUGGAAGAGGGCAAGGUUUUGACUGUUGAGAGACCUGUGUUCGUUGUAAGCAAGCCCUUGAGGGCGUUCUACAACCUUGAGUGUGAGGAAAACAAAAUUCCUG